AUGAAUGAAGAAGAGAAAUUGAAUGAUAGUUUAUUGUUGGAGGAAAUUCAACGCUGUCCUGGAAAAUAUUUCACACAAUAUCUUUAUGGAACUGAUACAGUUGGAAUAGUUGAUUUAUUAAAUCGAUUAAUUCAAAGUAAAAAUGGUUUUGAACUUGCAAUCGAAUGCCUUUCAUGUUGGCAGGAUUUAAUUGGUGCAAAUUAUUGUUUGGAACCAAUUUCAAGUGAACUUCAACAAACUGAAAGAGCACAGAUCAUAUGCAUAUGCUUAAAAUUUCUCAAUCGUUUGUUGGAUUAUUCACCAAAUGCUAUAACUCGAAUAAGAAUUGAUCAUGAAUUAAAAGAAUUGAAUGUCAGCGAACGUGUCAACCAAAUAAGGGCAUUGUUGAGCAGUGGAACAUUUGGUGAAUUUGAUCGUGAAAUAAGCGAACAAAUUGAACACUGGCAAUCAGGCCAUCAUCAAAAUGAUGAUAUAUGCAUAAGAGCUCGGUCAUCAUCAUUUGCAGAAGCUGAAGAUUCAAAUUCAUUCACUGAAGAAAGUGAAGAAGACGACGACAACGACAACGACAGCUAUCGGAUGGCUUCUGUAGAAACGGUUCAAUCAUCACAAACUUGGAAUAAUAAUACAUUGGAUGAUUCAUGCUACAAGGAUAAUGCACUUGUACAAUUGAUAAAUUUAUUAAAGAAUAAAACCGAUUCAGUAAAUGCUAAUAAUGUUGAGCAAUUAGUUGAAGCAUUGUUACUUAAAUGUAAUCCGAAUGAUGCUGAAAUGAUAAUGGAAAUGACAAUUGGAGGAAAGAUUAAUGACAAAAAGGAUGAAAUUAUUGAAGCAACAUCUAUACUUGGUACAACGCUACCAAACGUACUUUCAUCAACUUCACCAGCACUACCACCAGCACCACCACCACCGCCACCGCCACCACCACCACCGCCACCACCGCCACCACCACCGCCACCACUGCCACUAUCAUCAGAAAACACUGGUGGACUGUCACCUCCUUUACCAUUUCAACUAAAUGCUAAAGGUAGCAAAUUGUUACCAAAGAAAAAAUUGGAUAUACCGAAAGCAUUAAAACCGAAAGCUAUGCCUAAAGCUGGUUCACAAAUGAAACAAAUUCAAUGGACUAAAAUACCCGUUGAAAAGGUAAUUGGCGAUGGUAUGCAAAAAAUUCAUAACGUUUGGAUGUCUUCUGCACGACUCUCUGAAAAUGAAUUACAUCUUAAUUUCGAUGAAUUAGAAUCAAUGUUUAGUUGUACUGCUGUUAGAACAUGCACUGAUACAUUAAACGUAGAACGACGUAAUACACGGAAGAAUGCCGUAAUUACUUUAUUAUCACAUAAACGAAGUUUUAAUGUGAGCAUUUUCCUAAAACAAUUUAAAGAAGGUAUAUUUCAAAUUAUCGAAAAUGUUCGAAAUGGAAAUGGUGAAUUUUUUGGUCUUGAACGAUUAAAUAAUCUUCAUGCUAUUUUACCUGAUAAUGAAGAGAUUGAAAUUUUACGAGGAUUUAGUGGUGAUGAAUCACAGCUUGGUAUUGCCGAACAAUUCUUUUUAAAUCUAUUAACUGUAUCAGACUAUAGGCUUAUCUUAGAUUGUAUGAUUUUAAAAGAGGAAUUGAAUAUUGCUUUCGAAACUUUGCUACCUCAUAUUGAUACUGUAAUUAACAGUUGCAUAGAAAUUAAAGAAAGCAAAGCAUUGCCAAAAAUUUUUUGUAUGCUUGUACAAAUUGGUAAUUUUUUAAAUGCAAAUGCAACAUUUGGAAAUGCUGCCGGAUUUAAAUUGAAUUCGCUUUGGAGAAUUUUGGAUGUAAAAGGAACGCAAAAAAGUAUUACACUUCUACAUUUCAUUGCAAUGCAAGAUCGUGAAUGCACAGAAAAAUUACUGAAUGAGCUGUUAACAGUACCAAUAGCUGCAAGAUUAUCAUUGGAAUCAAUUCGAAAUGAUGUUCGAACAAUUCGUGAUAAACUGAUUAAUAUAAGCAUUGAAGUAAGAAAACGAACUGAUAACCAUUUUUUUGAAAAUAUCAACCAGCAUUUUAUGAAUUCACAACAACAUAUGGAAAAUAUGCAAGAGCAAUUAGAGCAAAUGGAUCAAUUAAUUUCCUAUUUGGCAGUAUAUUUUUGUGAAGAUGAAAAACAUUUCAAAAUUGAGGAAUGCUUUAAAAUAUUAUCAACAUUCAUCUGUAGACUACGUGAUGCGCUAAAUGAUAAUGAAAAACGCACAAAACGAUUGAAGCGUUUGGAUGAAAAAACAAAUAUGGAAAAAAUGAUGCCGAAUAAUUCCUCAGAGUUUAAUUUACUAAAGAAGAUAAACAAUAACAAUAAUGAUACUGAUAAUGAUAACAACAAUAAUAGAACAUUGGAAGAACUUCUGGAAAGCAAUACUCAUUCGAAUAUUCGUCACUCUCGACCUCGUUUAAAUAUUAAUCCAACAAAUAUGCUAGUGAAAUUAUCAAAUGAUGAUGAGAAGAAAGAUCGUAAAAUUAUUCAUCGAACAGUUCGUAAGCUAAAGGAUGAUAUACCUGAUGAGAGCGAUAUGUCACCAAUUUUGAAAUUACGAAAACAAUCACGAAAUAAAAGUGAUGCAUAUUUGAUAAGACAUAGUCAAAAUUUGGAUGAAUUUUUGGAAGUAGCUGAAAGAGUGGAAAAAGAAGCUGUAAAACAACAUGUUGAGUACAACAAAGAAAUGCCUGAUGAAUUAAUUGAAAUGACACCUACAUUUUCAACUUCUACAGAAGAUUCAUCAUCAACAAUGAUAAAAGUUGAAAGAAUGCCAUCAAAUAAUAUUAAUUUAGAAGAAAUAACAUCAAUCAAUAAUAAUUCAAUAAAUAAUAUAAAAAAUAAUGAUAAAAUUACAACAAUACUUUAUUCAAUGGAUAAAAUGAAACAACGAGUUGCAAUGGAAAAAACUACCGAAAUUCCAUUAUCAAAGACAAUUCGUAAUGUACGAACAAUGAAAUCAAUUCAAACUUCCAAUGAACAAUCACGAAAUUCGUUAUCAUAUCGAAAUAAAUUAUCAACAAUUCCAUCAUCACAUAAAUCGAUGUCACAACAACAACAACAACAACAACAACAACAACAACAGCAGGAACAACAACAAUCAUCUAAUAACAACAAAUCAACAUCCAUUUUUGCUACACAAUUUAAUUCAACAAAUCAAAAAAUUGAAAUGCUGGAUGAGAUAUGUUGUAAUGAAUCAAAAAAUCUUAUCAAUUCGAAAUCAUCAAUACAAUCUGGCAAAUUAUUCAACACUACUACCACUACUACUGCUAAUACUACAAAUACUAAUACUAAUACUACUACUGCUAGUACCAACAAAGAAACUAUGAUAAAACGACGUAAUGAAAAAAUGUUAACAAAUAAAAGUGAAAUAAUCUCAACAAAAACUAACAAAGGUAUAUCAACUCGAAAGUUAAAUUCUGGUAAUACAACUACGAAUAAUUUAUCAAAUGUUAUGGCUACAAAAAAUUCAACAACAAUACGUAUGCCAAAGAAAUCAAUGAUUACUUCUACAACUACAGAUACUGAGAUACCGUGUACGUCAAAUUUAUCAACAACGGAAAAUUCACGUACUACUAAUACAUUUCAUCCAUUAAGUAAUCAAAAUGAGCAAAAUAUUGAUUCACAAACAUUUUGGCGGAAAAAUCAUCGAACAACGUAUGCUAAAUCAAAUUUAGUAACAAUAAAAGGUGCAUUACAAUCAAAUGAUAAUAAUUCACAUUCUACUAUUUCACCAAAUAAUGAUCCAUCAUCAUCAUCAUCAUUAUCAUCAACAUCAAAAUUAGGUCACGUUAUAACACGUCCAAAAUCAGCUCCACAACGAACAAUAAUUGGUGGUGCAACAUCAUUAUCACGUGUAGUACCACCACGUUCAUCACCUUCCACAACACGACGACCUGUAAAAGGAAUAAAUAAAUCUGGUCAACAAGUGUCAACUUCAACACCUACGACAACAACCGGUAGUUCGCAUAAUAAUAGAACAAUGAAACGUACCGAUUCCUGUAGCACUGCUUCAAGACCUUUGUUAAUUAAAACUGGUACUGUAUCAAAACCAAGGUGGAAAUAA